UGCGCAGCCACCCCGAGAGCCCGCAUCAUGGAUGUCGAGCUCUCCUAUUUCGCUUUGCUCGCCUUGGAAUUCGAGACCCCAGACGAGGACCAGGAUUCAUGAACCGGUCGCAGGGGCCCGGGCAGGGGCCUCUGGCUCCCGACGCUGGCCGAGAGGUGAUGAGUGAGGUCGGAAGAUCGCAAGAUUUAAAAAGCAUCUGGAGUCUCCGUAUUGAAAGACCCAGUGCAAAGGCAUCACCAUGAACACGAGCAUUCCUUAUCAGCAGAAUCCUUACAAUCCCCGGGGCAGCUCCAGUGUCAUCCAGUGCUAUCGAUGUGGAGACACCUGCAAAGGGGAGGUGGUUCGCGUCCACAAUAACCAUUUCCACAUCAGAUGCUUCACCUGUCAAGUGUGUGGCUGUGGCCUGGCUCAGUCAGGCUUCUUCUUCAAGAACCAGGAGUACAUCUGCACCCAGGACUACCAGCAACUCUACGGCACCCGCUGUGACAGCUGCCGGGACUUUAUCACGGGCGAGGUCAUCUCUGCGCUGGGCCGCACCUACCACCCCAAGUGCUUCGUGUGCAGCUUGUGCAGGAAGCCUUUCCCCAUUGGAGACAAGGUGACCUUCAGCGGGAAGGAAUGUUUGUGUCAGACAUGCUCCCAGUCCAUGACGAGCAGUAAGCCCAUCAAGAUCCGUGGACCAAGCCACUGCGCUGGGUGCAAGGAGGAGAUCAAGCACGGCCAGUCACUCCUGGCUCUGGACAAGCAGUGGCACGUCAGCUGCUUCAAAUGCCAGACCUGCAGCAUCAUCCUCACCGGGGAGUACAUCAGCAAGGAUGGCGUUCCAUACUGUGAGUCUGACUACCACUCCCAGUUUGGCAUUAAGUGCGAGACUUGUGACCGAUACAUCAGCGGCAGGGUCUUGGAGGCAGGAGGGAAGCACUACCACCCAACCUGUGCCAGAUGUGUACGCUGCCACCAGAUGUUCACCGAAGGAGAGGAGAUGUACCUCACAGGCUCUGAGGUUUGGCACCCCAUCUGCAAACAGGCAGCCCGGGCAGAGAAGAAGUUAAAGCAUAGGCGGACGUCUGAAACUUCCAUCUCACCCCCUGGAUCUAGCAUCGGGUCACCCAACCGAGUCAUCUGCGACAUCUAUGAGAACCUGGACCUCCGGCAGAGACGGGCCUCCAGCCCGGGAUACAUCGACUCCCCCACCUACGGCCGGCAGGGCAUGUCCCCCACCUUCUCCCGCUCUCCUCAUCACUAUUACCGCUCCGCUGGAGAAAGUAACAUCUACCGGAAACCCCCGAUCUACAAACGGCAUGGUGAUUUGUCGACAGCAACCAAGAGCAAAACAAGUGAAGACAUCAGUCAGGCCUCCAAGUACAGUCCAGCCUUCUCGCCAGACCCCUACUAUGCUGCAGAGUCUGAGUACUGGACCUACCACGGGUCCCCCAAAGUGCCCCGAGCCAGAAGGUUCUCAUCUGGAGGAGAGGAGGACGAUUUUGACCGCAGCAUGCACAAGCUCCAGAGUGGAAUUGGCCGACUAAUUCUGAAGGAAGAGAUGAAAGCCCGGUCCAGUUCCUACGCGGAUCCCUGGACCCCACCCCGGAGCUCCACCAGCAGCCGAGAGGCCCUGCACACAGCUGGCUAUGAUAUGUCCCUAAAUGGCUCCCCUCGGUCCCACUACCUGGCUGACAGCGACCCCCUCAUCUCCAAAUCUGCCUCCCUGCCUGCCUACAGAAGAAACGGGCUACACAGGACACCCAGCGCAGACCUAUUCCAUUACGACAGCAUGAACGCUGUCAACUGGGGCAUGCGAGAGUACAAGAUCUACCCUUAUGAACUGCUCCUGGUGACCACAAGAGGGAGAAACCGACUGCCCAAGGAUGUGGAUCGGACGCGUUUAGAGCGCCACCUGUCCCAGGAAGAGUUCUACCAAGUCUUCGGCAUGACCAUCUCCGAGUUUGACCGGCUGGCCCUCUGGAAGAGGAAUGAACUGAAGAAGCAAGCCCGGCUGUUCUAGGCAGAAGCUCUAUAAAUAUAUAUGCAUUUAUAUAAAGAUAUAUGUAAAAUCUCUAUACUGAAGCUCGGUAUAAUCCUCUCUUGUGUAAUGGGACACACUGCCUGCCAUGAGACUUGCUUUUCUGUAUCGUCAGGCAAGCCCACAUCUUCAAGAUAUUUUUAUGCUCCUUCCUUUCUCUUUUCUAAGUGCAAUGGGAUUUGGGAAGGGAUUCGUGGGGACUCCCAUCCUUUUACUGGGAAGCCUUUUUAUACUGAAACAUCUCUCCUGACUUGAGUCCCCUAAGGUCCAACUCUCUUUGCUAAAGGAGGUGCCUGAAGGAGUCUCUCUUCUCUCUUCUCUCGGCUCUUUUCCCCAGUCUCCAGGGAGGAUGCUGCAGUUUUCACACCUUAUUGGCCCCAGAGGGGCCCUCUCGUGGGAGGAUCCACAGCAUUCUCCCCAAGUCACUGAGCACCUUUGAGAGCCCUGAAGAAUUUUCUCAUCACCCCCACUAGGACCUCAAUGCUGUCUAGGGGUGAUGCAGCUAGAAAUGUGGGUUUAAUGCCUACUCGUUACAGAAGUAAACAAGUGGAUAGGGCCCUGGUCUCUCCUCUCCUCUUCAAUCCUCCUCCUAUCCUUGAUCCUCACCUCUCACUAGUCCAAAUCUACGCCUCAUGGUAGGAAAAGAAAAAGCACUUCCCUUCCCUGCACUAUUACUUCCAAUGGCCCCCUGCCUGGCCCCUAUGUGGAGAACCAGAGGGAGGGAGUGGGAGCUGGAAGCAGGAGACAGAGCAGGGCACCCGUUAGCACUGGAGCUGCAGGACCUCUUGGGACCCUCCCUCAUUGCUCCCAGAACCUCCUGACCCUUUCCCCUUUGGAGGAGAGGCCCAUUAUUGAAGCCUGUAUUUUUCAGCCUUACUACAAUCUAUGUGCCUGACAACUCACCACAGGGCUAAUGUUCCCACCACAGCUCCAACCGAACAACUAGACAGACAACCUCUAACACUCCCCCCACCAAAGGUAAUAUAGGCCAUGUCCUAUAGAAAGUUUCCUGGCCCAUGUCUCCUGGUCCCUGAGCUGGCAGAGCAACCCAACCAGACCCCCACCAGUCCUCGGCUUGCAUUGCAAAGUUGGCCAUGGUUCAAGGGGUAAACUUUUGAAGAAUGACUACUUACGAGAUUCCAAAAUGGAGCAUUGGCCAACACCACUCAUGGUCAUACUGAUUUCCCCAGUGGCUGCCUUUCCUGCCUCCUUGGCUUCUGGAACAGGGGUGAAAGCUUAACCUUCUCCCCAUACCAAACCUGCAACCACAAGUUGGUGAUUUCUGGUGGGGUCUGUUCCUUCCUGGAGAUGGCUGGAGUCAGACCACUGAGGUCGUGGAGGAAGGAUGAAGAAGUGGAGAUGGCAGUUAUAUCACUCUCAAGAGGUUAUGUGUGGUGGCAAAUGUAGAACUGACUUCAACUCAACAAACCCUCACUGAGCACCUGCUGUAUACUGAGCACUGAAUGGGGGAGGGAGAUGGAAAUACUGGGAUGAGCAACAUGGGGCCCGACUUCAGGGGCAUGCCUACUAACGAUGGGUACCGUAAGGCAGGUACUCAAACAUGAUGGAUGUGAGGCAGAAAGUGAUAGGAGACAGCACGAGAAAAUGUGACAUUACUAAGAAGGCAUAUGCAGCUGGUGCAGACCAAGGAAAGCUUUCUGGAAGAGACUGCAUUUGAGCGAAGUUCAGGAAGGAUCUUUGUCAACUGGGAGGAGACUGUAACUUGAAAGGGUGAAUGGAUGAGGGGCCAUAAGGGAGGCCUAAUAUGCUCUCAUUUAAAAUGUCAGCCCUCUCUGCAUCUUUUCUUUUUGGCCAAUGUCUUUCAACUGUCCUGACUCCUUUGGAAAUGUCCCCAGCCAGACACAAUCAUUGAAACUGCCUCAUUAUCACUGGUUGAGAACUUGGCGAGAUCGAAGGGCUUUUGUUAUUGUUGGAUUUUUUUUUCCCAUAAAUGCACAUAAUUUCAA